UUUCCAAAAUCCGCCCUUUCCCUCUCUCAAUCCCGCCGGAACUUCACCAAAACCCUGCCGCCGGCGUCGUUUUCACGGCUGGAUCGCAAAAAUUUCUGAUUCCUAUUCCCAUUAACUGCAAAUCGAUCCAUCAAAAACGCUUUAAUUUCACGAAAAGAGACAGAUGUGGUAUCGAUCAGCUUCAUUCAUCCUCGACAAGCAGGAGCAGCAGCGGAAAGACGCCGCCGAGAGCCGCCCGCUCUCCCCUGUUUCCACCGCCAUGGCUGAAAACCCUAGCGCUAACGUCUCAAUGUACUACCAGACGCGUGCGGCGCACCACGGCGUUGUAACAAGCGAUUGGCUGGCUCAGGCGCAGGCCGCCGUCGCAGGAAACGCGGACGACGCUGCUGUGGAGAACAACGCGUUCGGUGGCGAGGAGAAAGGUAAGAAGUUCUCGGUGGUGGACGAGUUUAACAAUUGGCGGAAACAGCCGGAAUUGGCGGAGGCUGUGGCGGCGAUUAGGGCUUUGGCGUCGGUAAUUCGUUCGAGCCAAGCGAAAACGAUGAUGGAGCUUGAAAUUGAGCUUAAAAAGGCAUCCGAUUCUCUUAAAUCAUGGGACACUACUUCAAUCUCCUUAACAGCUGGUUGUGACAUUUUCAUGCGAUAUGUGACUAGAACUUCUGCUUUAGAUCGUGAAGACUUCGGUUCAGCCAAGUCCCGACUUCUUGAGCGUGCUGAGAAGUUUGGGGAGAUAUCAUAUAAGGCUCGGAGAAUAAUAGCUAUGCUGAGUCAAGAUUUUAUAUUCGAUGGUUGCACAAUUUUGGUGCAUGGCUUCUCCAGGGUUGUGCUCGAAGCUCUGAGAACUGCAGCGGAGAAUAAGAAACUGUUUCGAGUUCUCUGCACAGAGGGAAGACCCGAUAGGUCAGGAUUACGUGUGUCCAACGAGCUUGCCAAACUGGAUGUCCCUGUUAAGCUCUUAAUCGACUCUGCUGUGGCAUAUAGCAUGGAUGAAGUAGACAUGGUACUCGUUGGAGCAGACGGUGUGGUUGAAAGUGGAGGCAUUAUAAACAUGAUGGGAACCUACCAAAUUGCAUUGGUUGCCAAAGCCAUGAACAAGCCAAUGUAUGUUGCUGCUGAGAGCUACAAGUUUGCACGCCUAUACCCGUUGGAUCAGAAAGACAUGGCGCCAGCCCUACGCCCCAUUGAUUUUGGCGUACCAAUUCCAUCAAAGGUGGAGGUUGAAAGAUCCGCUCGCGACUACACUCCCCCACAGUAUCUCACCCUCCUCUUUACUGAUCUUGGCGUUCUUACACCUUCUGUGGUAAGUGACGAGCUCAUCCAGCUCUACCUAUAGACUAAGGCGUGCAGCUUGCUUCGGCACCACAUCAUUUUUACUAUUAGUUCUUCAAGAUUAUGGAUUAGCAUGUUGGUGCACAUGCUGAAAUUUUGCUUCAAGAUUAGUCUUUUCUGAGAUAUUUGUGGACAGCAUGAUUAUGUUGGAAUUUUUUUGAUGUAUGAUUGUAGUUGAACUGGAAUUUUUUUGGUGAAAUAGGAUUCUUUUUUUUUGACA